CUCAAUCAGUGUUUAUCUUUGAGAGGGUGGGGGUCAAAAGAACAAGAGUUAUCACAAACCGGGUUUUCUAGGUAUAUAAUAGUGGUGGUGGUGGUGCUUUCUAAUCUUAUUAAAGGUGGAAAGAAAAAGUCAUAAUGUCUUUAGACAAAAUGGUAAAGAAAUAUGAGGCUGAUGUGUGUGUGAUAGGUGCUGGAAUAUCAGGCCUAGCAACUGCCAAGUGUUUGAAAGAAAAGGGGUUUAAAGUUGUCAUCCUGGAACAGAGUGAGCAAGUUGGAGGCCUCUGGUGCUUCAGAGAUCAUGGCUAUGGAGUUAUGCGAUUUACACAUAUAAAUGUUUCAAAGCAUAAUUACUGUUUCUCGGAUUUCCCUUUCCCUGACCAUGUGCCAGAUUUCCCACACAAUCGUGACAUGGCAGAGUACAUUAAUGAUUAUGCAGUGAACUUUGCCCUAGAUAAAUUGAUUCAUUUCAACACUCGAGUUGAAAAAGUUGAAAGGUCAGAUGAUGGUUGGAGAAUAUCAGCUAUUAAAACUGAACGUGGAGGAAGUCACAUUACGCAAUCAGAGAAUGAAAUAUAUAAUACCAAGUAUGUUGCUAUAGCAACUGGUCACCAUGCCAAAAUAAAAAUGCCUGCAUUUCCAGGACAGGAAACAUUUAAAGGUAAAAUAAUGCACAGUGUUGACUACAAGGAUGCCAUCACUAACGGCCUCAUUGGUCAAAGAGUUGUGAUCGUUGGCAUCGGAAACAGUGCAGUGGAUGCUGCUGUUGACUGUGCUACAGUUGGAAGGUGUAAACAAGUUGUGAUUAGUACUCGCUCUGGGGCAUGGGUUGUUCCAAAUUACGUUUUUGGUGCACCGGUGGAUCACUAUGCUUCUCGUUUGUUCUUGUGGCUGCCAUGGAAACUUAGCAACUACAUAUUUGAGACUGUAAUAUCUAUGCUUACAGGACAUCCAAAUAAGCUAUAUCUUCAUUCAACUAUUGAUAUGAUGGUUUUUCUCUUCCAGCUUUACAAGAAUGUGUUUUCUCCAAAAAUUGGAAGUUCACUAGCAUUCAUCGGAUUUGUUCAACCGGCAUCUGGAGGCAUACUGAGCAUGUCCGAAACACAAGCAAUGUGGUUCACUCAACUGUGUCGACAGAAAGUAAAAUUACCAAGUCCCCAAGAAAUGGAGGCAGACAUCAAAAAAGAAAAUGAAGAAGCUGGUAAUCGUUACUUCAAAUCAGCCCGACACACCAUUCAAAAGGACCCGAUCCUGUAUAACGAUGAAAUAUCAAGUUUUAUUGGUGCUAGGCCUCAGUUGUGGAGACAUCCUACUAUGGCUAUUAGGUUGCUGUUCAGUAGCUGUGGUGCAGCUCAGUGGCGGUUACAAGGGCCGUUUCAGUGGUCAGGGGCAAAUGAGACGGUCAGAAGUGUGCCAAUUACAGACUUCUACAAGUAUUCCUUGGUCGCUGUUUUGGUACUUUUUUUUGCUAUCUUCUACAAUCUGCUGUAUUUUUUCUGGUAAAUUUUGAUUAUAAUAAAAUAUUAAUUAGAAUUUAAUCAAUGUGAUUCUAAUUAUAUACUCAUAUGCUUGUUGCUGCCAUAAAAAGCAAGUUCAGUAAAUAUGAUGUAAAUGAUUAUGUAUAUAAUCAUGAUAUAAUUAAAGAGAAUAUUUUUAUUACAGUAAUUACUGACUUGUAAUAAAGGAUUUUACUUAAAGUAGACAAUAGAAUAUAGGGAAAAAAAAAGAGAUUAAAGUGGACAAGAAGUAGAAUGUAGUAGUUCAUAGUUAUUUAGCCUAUGUUUAACAUAGUAGUAGCUUAUAGUAACAGACCAUACAUGAACUUUGUGGUUUCAUCUGGGUUAUUCAGACACCCAUAAAAUGGGCAUCAUAUACUAUAAUUUUUCAUAGAAAAGGCCAAAGAUGGUGUUGGUUAUCUAAACACAGGAGGCAUUUUCAUGAUCUUACUUUAGUAAAUAAUUUGAAAAAUAUUUAGUGCAAUAACAUUUUUUAUUGUGAUUGUUUAUCAUUUAUUGACCUAUUAAUUUUUUUUUAUUUUAUUGAAUUUUAUCUACACUAAUUAUGAAAAUAGAUAUUGUUAAUGUCAGUAUUAUUAGCAGUAUGGAAAACUUCACGUAAAAUAGACCACGAUUUGGGACAGUAAUAGUAUAUUAAUGUUGAUGAAAUACUUAUAUUGUUGUUUUUUGAUAAUAAAUCAUAAAUCAUGAUAAACCAUGAUAAUAAACCAAGUGAGUGUAUACUGUAGUUCUUGCUAGAAAAAAUGUUAAGACCAUCUUUAACUGAACUGUCUAAAUGUAAAGAAUUGUUAAAGAAAAAUGUGUAUGAAUUUUGAUGAAAUACUUAAUAGUAUUAAUAUUGCUGUUACUCAAUUUAUUUUUAUUAUUAUUUUUUUUAUCAUCAAAAACCAUGUUAAUAAACGUGAGUGAGUGUAUAAUGUAGUUCUUGCUAGAAAAAAUGUUAAGACUAUCUUAACUGUGCUGUGCACAUGUAAAUCAAUUAUCGAAAAGAAAGAAGUAUAUGAAUAUUGAUGAAAUACUUUUAGUAUUAUAUUGUUUUUAAUUAUUUUAUCGAAAACCAUGAUAAUAAACGCGAGUUUCACGCAUGAUAAAAAAGUCUGCUUCUUUCCUUGAAUUAAAUUAUGUAAUAGCCUUAUUAUAGUUUGCAAUUUAUCUCCUCAAUAGUUUGAUAUAAUGAGAUGUCCUAGAUUCACUCAAUGAGAUGUCCUAGAUACACUCUUUAUUGUUUGUUAGUACAUGGUACUGUGCUAAUAAAUAAUCAUUACUAAAUCUAGAACAUCUAUUAUAUUACAUUACUUUAUCAGUCUAUUGAAGUUGUGAAUUAGGUUUGUCAUGAAUCUGCCAUAAUAGGAAAGAAAAGUUUAUCAUGAAAUUCGUUUCUUUAAUAGAUUAGUAUUAAUUUGAUUUUCAAGAUUUAUUAAGGAUUAGGUAUUCACACGGUACAAGUCUUCAGUUGAUUUAUUUUAUGUUUCUGACAGAACUCCAUUCGGUAUACAAAGAUUGUAAAAAAUGGGAACAAACAAUUGACGUUCAUUGACUGAUUUAUAGUCAAUUUAAACAGACACAACAUAAAUUGACUAUAUAUAUUUGAAUUUUCUUGUAUCAUAAUGGUAAUGACUGCAUCAAUAUUAAUGACAAUAUUUCAUGAUAAUGGACAUGUACUAUGUACUACCUUAUGUAUAGUUAAUAAACAACCACAAGAUUGCCUUUUCAGAAUAAAA